CCACCUGUCAGAUAUCGACGCCCCAAUCCCCGGUCACGUGAUUCUGAACCAAAAUGGCCGCCUUGUUGUUUUGAUGAAUAAUACUUUGUGUGUUUGUUUCGUUCUUGACAGAAAGCGAUUAGAAAACCGUUUUUAAAUUAUAUGUACUGCUUUUUUUUAUACACAAACAGACAACAAUCGCCCCUAUUUCAAAUCUAAUCGACUUUAGACUAUGCACUUUUGUUCAAUUUAAAUUAAAGAGACAGAGUGACAUUACAAAUUAAAAGGAAAGAGAUGGAAGAACUGAGUGCUGAUGAGAUCCGGAGAAGACGCCUUGCCCGACUCGCAGGCGGACAGACCUCUCAGCCCACCACCCCUCUCAGCACUCCCCUCACCUCUCCACAGAGAGAGAACCCUCCUGGACCUCCCACAGCCCCCUCACCAGCUGCGCCUGGCCCAUCCCACUUCCUGGGGCUCAGCGUUCACAGCAUGACCCCUGCUACGUCUCCCAUCGGUGCAUCAGGAGUUGCUUGCCGGAGUCAGAGUAGUGAGGGGGUGAGUUCUCUCAGCAGCUCUCCCUCAAACAGCCUGGAAACCCAAUCCCAGACCCUCUCCAGAUCUCAGAGCAUGGACAUCGACAGUGUUUCCUGUGAAAAAAGCAUGUCCCAGGUGGAUGUUGACUCAGGAAUUGAAAAUAUGGAGGUUGAGGAGAGUGACCGCAGAGAAAAGAGGAGCCUUACAGACAAGGAAUCUUCUUCGGACUCUGAAGUGUCAGAGGAGCAGGCACUCCAGGUCAUCUGUAAGAUCCUCAGAGUCUCCUGGAAGGAAAGGGACAGGGAUGUCAUUUUCCUUCCGUUACUUGCUGCUGAAUUCACACAGGAUCCUAAAGCCGUUUGUUCAGAUUUUAAGGACUUAAUUGGCCAGAUUUUAAUGGAAGUUCUCAUGAUGUCCACACAAGCGAGAGAGGACAACCCUUUUGCCAGUUUGACCGCUACAUCACAGCCAAUCGCUGCAGCUGCCAAAUCUCCUGAAAGACAUCUGGUUCUGAACCCUUCCUCGAGCCAAGGAACAAGCCCCAUGCUUACCAAUGUAGGAUCGUUUGGGGCCAGCUCUCUCUCAAGUCUGUACGGGACUAGUCCAAAUCCGCAGGCAGUCACCUCUGCUGUGAUGACUUCUCCAUCUCCAUCCCAAUCUUCAGCCCAUUUGACAGUGCCGUCUCCCACCUCCCGCUCCUCUCCUGCGAGUUCUUCAGCACCACUGCCCAUUUCCCAGAGUAGCCUUGGUGCAUCAGGUGGUGUCGUAACUGAUUCUGGAAGUGACCGCUUUACCAUUGAAGCAUGCAAAGAGACAGAGAUGCUGAACUACCUCAUUGAACGCUUUGAGAGUGUUGGAAUGGAAGAGAGGAAAGCUCCAAAGAUGUGCAGCCAACCACCUGCCAGCCAACUGCUAAGCAACAUUCGAUCUCAGUGUAUUUCCCAUGCUGCUUUGGUGCUACAGGGAGCACUCACACAGCCGAGGUCGUUGCUGCAGCAGUCUUUGCUAGUACCGUACAUGCUGUGCCGGAACCUGCCUUACGGCUUCAUUCAAGAACUCAUUAGAAUGACUCACCAGGAUGAAGAGGUUUUCAAACAGAUCUUUGUUCCAAUACUACAAGGAUUGGCCCUUGCUGUCAAAGAGUGUUCCUUUGACAGUGACAACUUUAAAUAUCCUUUAAUGGCUUUAGCUGAACUCUGUGAAAUAAAGUUCGGGAAGACUCACCCUGUGUGCAAUUUGAUCACAUCACUGCCCCUGUGGUGCCCUGAUUCUCUGAGCCCGGGGUCAGGCAGAGAGCUCCAGAGACUGUCAUAUAUUGGCGCUUUCUUCAGCUUGUCUGUUUUUGCUGAAGAUGAUACAAAAGUGGGAGACAAAUAUUUCUCAGGACCCGCGAUUACCCUUGAAAAUACUAAACUGGUCAGUCAAUCCUUGCAGCAUUACCUGGAAUCAGCAAGGGGCGAUCUUUUUAAAAUCCUGCAUAACAUUUUACUGAAUGGGGAGACCAGGGAGGCUGCUCUAAACUACAUGGCGGCUGUGGUCAAUCGAAACAUAAAGAAAGCGCAGAUGCAAACAGAUGACAGGCUUGUGUCCACAGAUGGAUUCAUGAUAAAUUUCCUGUGGGUCCUUCAGCAGCUGAGCAUGAAAAUUAAACUGGAGACAGUCGAUCCGUUUUACAUUUUCCAUCCGAAGUGCCGUCUAAAUAUGACUACCGACGAGACCCGUCUAAAAGCCCCCAUGGAAGAUUUGAAGAGCUGGUUGGCAGAGCUUUAUGACGAUCCGUCUAAAUUUCCUGAGCCAAAAUUCCCUACAGAAUGCUUUUUCCUGACCCUACAUGCUCACCACCUGUCUAUUCUUCCUGGCUGCCGGCGUUACAUACGAAGACUGAGAGCAAUCCGGGAUCUGAACCGAACAGUAGAAGAGUUGAAGAAUAGUGAGAGUCAAUGGAAGGAUUCUCCUCUGGCAACAAGACACAGAGAGAUGCUGAAAAGAUGCAAGACGCAGCUUAAGAAACUGGUGCGCUGCAAGGCCUGUGCAGAUGCAGGAUUGCUGGAUGAGAACUUAUUGAGGAGAUGCCUGCAGUUUUAUGGCAUGGUGAUUCAACUGAUUCUGCGCAUUGUUGACCCAGCCUACCCACAGAUAACACUACCUUUAAACCCAGAGAUUCCCAACGUCUUUGCUGCCCUGCCGGAGUUUUACAUUGAAGAUGUGGCAGAGUUCCUUCUUUUCAUUGUGCAGUAUUCUCCUCAGGUUCUGUAUGAGCCUUGCACUCAGGACAUUGUGACGUUCCUUAUCGUUUUCAUCUGUAGCCAAAACUAUAUCAGAAACCCUUACCUUAUCGCCAAGCUCGUAGAGGUCCUGUUUGUGACAAACCCGGCCGUCCAGCCACGCACCCAGAGGUUUUCUGAGAUGAUGGAGAACCAUCCCCUGUCUAUCAAACAGUUAGUCCCGGCACUGAUGAAGUUUUAUACAGAUGUUGAACACACAGGAGCUACCAGCGAAUUCUAUGACAAAUUCACCAUCCGCUACCACAUCAGCACAAUCUUCAAGAGCCUCUGGCAGAACACCGCUCACCAUGGCACGUUCAUGGAGGAGUUCAAUUCUGGAAAGCAGUUUGUUCGCUACAUUAACAUGUUGAUAAACGACACCACCUUCUUGCUGGAUGAAAGCCUGGAGUCCCUCAAACGAAUUCAUGAGGUGCAGGAGGAGAUGAAGAACAAGGAGCAGUGGGACCUGCUGCCUCGGGAUCAGCAGCAGAGCAGGCAGUCUCAGUUGACCCAGGAUGAGCGCGUGUCUCGUUCAUACCUUGCUCUCGCAACGGAAACGGUUGACAUGUUUCAUAUUCUCACCAAGCAGGUUCAGAAACCUUUCCUCCGACCUGAGCUUGGCCCACGUUUAGCUGCCAUGCUGAACUUUAACCUUCAGCAGCUGUGUGGCCCCAAGUGCCGCGACCUGAAAGUUGAGAAUCCCGAGAAGUAUGGUUUUGAGCCAAAGAAGCUGCUGGAUCAGCUAACUGAUAUUUACCUUCAGUUAGACUGUGCAAGGUUUGCCAAGGCUAUUGCUGACGAUCAGCGGUCCUAUAGCCGAGAACUCUUUGAGGAAGUCAUUUCCAAAAUGACAAAAGCUGGGAUCAAGUCAACAAUAGCAGUAGAAAAAUUUAAGCUACUGUCCGAAAAGGUUGAAGAGAUUGUGGCCAGGAAUUCUCAAUCCGAAAUUGACUACAGCGAUGCACCGGACGAGUUUAAAGAUCCUCUGAUGGAUACUCUGAUGAGUGACCCUGUCCGACUACCCUCUGGAAACGUCAUGGACCGCUCCAUAAUCUUGCGGCACUUGUUGAACUCGCCCACGGACCCAUUCAGCCGCCAGAAUCUUACUGAGAACAUGCUGGAAUCACUUCCGGAGUUGAAAGAAAGAAUUCAAGCAUGGAUGAGGGAGAAGCUAAAUGCUGGCCGCUAUUCUCAAUGAAGCCUUCGCUGCUGAUAAUUAAGGGAAGUGAUUACCCGUUGAUGUCCAGGAACUAGAAACGGGAAGAUAUACGAGAGCCGAUAGUUUGGUGGUUUCAUUUUUUUUUUAAUUUUUGUUUUUCUUUGGACUGAGGCUUUCAUAGCCUAUAGUACUGAACGUAAUAAAGAAUAAAGUGCAGACUUUUAAAAUAUUUUGUUCACGGCUUUCUGUAUAUAUAUAGAUUUAAAUACAAAUAUACAAAGGUGCUGGGUGCAAAUGUAAGAAUUUAACAGGUACUGUCACCUAUUUGAGGUUUCACAGCUUAAGGCCUAUUGGCAAAUGAAAUGGAUAUGGACAGCAAAAAGCAAGCUUUGCAAUCACUUGUAUUUUUACAGUAAGUAUGUCUGCAGAAAUUAGUUUUCUUUCCCAAAGGGGGUUGUCUACCCUGUAUGAUGCUAGCCCUGCAGCCUUUUAUUUAUUGCACUACCGUAGUAUUAUUUCACCCAAAGUGAACAAGAAGUCCCUGUAUUAUGAAAGCAGAAAUAAGACCAUCUGUAUACAUUGUAAAAUGGUCAAUGCCGCACAACUUUAAGUGUGCAUAAAUUACUGUACUGGGUGGGAAGUCUACUGCUAUAAUAUCCUUAAACUUUCAAUUCUUAGUAGACCUUUGAAAUUAACUUGCUAAUUUAUCUUUUAUGAAAAUGAUUGUUAGAUGAAUAGAAUUGUUUAGAUAAAAAAGGAACAAUGAUCAAAUUGAACCAACUUUUAUGGUAAGUAUUUUACAGUUGUUUUUUUUUUUUUUUUUUUAAUUGCAUUGGAUAACUUUGUCUCACUUUGUGUCCAAAGCAUCAGUAUGGCCUGUUUCAGACAAUGGGAUUUAGAAGUGAUGUUUUGUUCAGUGGGAUGUACGGUAUGUUUCACGGUUGAAGAAAAACAAUAAAGAAAGGAAGUCAGGAUGGUGCAUUCAAUUUGAUAUAUAUCUGACAUCUGAAUUUGAUUUCUAUUCUUUUUUUUUUAUACACUGCCCCUUGUUUACUAUGGAAAACAAAUACUUGUAAUCAUAGUAUUGUAAAGAUACAACUGUACAGAAAUUGUCAUUUGCAACAGACUCUGUGAUCGCAGACUUCACAUUCUAAUAAACGGUGAUGCACAUUCA